ACACUAGAAUGCAGGAAACAGGAAAUUACAAUUAUAUUCAGUUUUAAUGAUGUUUAAAUGUUUUAUCAUUUUGCGAAAAUGUAUUGAUAGCAUCACAACGCGGAAGUAUUUCGCAAUUAUGAUAAUGCAGUUCUUUUUAAUGACAUGUCUUCUAAUAGGAGCACAGUCAUUUAAUCAUCCUCCCAUUAUAACAUCAGAAUUUGAACCCGAGUAUUUCUUGAAUAGAUUUUCUUCUUUGGCCCUUCAGUGCCAGGCUUAUAGCGGGAAUAUAAAGUAUUAUUGGUACCAAAAUGGACGGAAGGUUGAAAACCAAAUACAAAUUACAGCCAACAUUGAUAGUGGGUACCUGAUGAUAACAAAUUAUACAAAAGACAAUUUUGGAGUGUUUUACUGCGUUGCAGAGAACGAUUACGGAGCGUCUGUAUCUCCUUUUGUCAAGAUUUCUGAAGCAGUUCUUGACAAGUUUCGGAAUAUGCGACCAAUGUCGAUGAUGUCUUGUGAAGAACAUCAUCAUUGUAAACUCGAUUGUUUUAACAAACCACGCUGUGAGCCACCUGAUGCAUGUCUAGUUGAAUGGACUCACGGAUUCGGGACACAAAACACUGUAUUGGAGGAUGAAAAAACAGCUAUAGAUCUGGAUGGCAAUCUGCAUUUACUUAAUGUAAGUAAAGACUGUGGAAACAAAUCAUACGCUUGUGGAAUUUGGAAUAAACAAACAAAAGAAUUUAUUAAAGGAAGCUCAAUCCAACUAUUUAUUGAAGCUUCAAAAUCUGGUACAUCCCCUCGUAAAAUUUUCCACAGCAAUUCCCGCGUACAUCUGGGAAAACAUGGUGUCCUGCAAUGUAUAUUUUCUGGAACGUCUAUGUCUGAAAUAAAGUGGAAAAAUAAACAUGGAAGUAGCAUAUCAACAAACAACAAAUAUAGAACCAGCCAAUACGGAAGAAUACUACACGUAAUGAAUGUAACGUACGAGGACGAGGGCAAUUUUACGUGUGUUGCAGAGAACAAUCUGACACAAGCACCAUAUCUUAAUGUCACAUCACCUCCAGUUUUUCUUGACAACGGAAAAAGUUUCCUGACAACUAACUUUACCGUGUAUUCUGAAAAGUUUGUCCGCUUGACAUGCAACGCAGUGUCUUCACCAAUGGAAAAUCCCCCUGUUGUGACUCAUUGGAUGAAAAAUGGGUUUUUACAGUUUCCCGAAAACAAUAGGGUUCUGAAAAUAAACCGAGCACUUGUUGACAAGGUUGGAGGGUUCCAAUGUGUGACUGAAAAUAGUGAAGGAAUAGCAGUAGUAAACUUUCUAAUAAACUAUGUUGGUGACAACAGAACUUUUAAAGGGCCCUUCUAUUUAGUCUACUUAGCCGUACUUGUUUUUGCAAUUGGGGUGCUGAUUUUGAUUGCUUUUGGAUUUUUUGUUAGAAAAAGAUGCUACCAAAAGCUAAUACCGCUUUAUCUUGUUAUCAGAAGGAGGUCUACAACCAACCACGAAAAUAAUUAUGACAAUAUUGCCAUACAAUAGUCAAUAAUGGCAUUAAUAAUAUA